GUAUAUAAGCUAGGUCCUGGUAACCGUAUCUUCAGUCCAGUUUGCUUCACAGAGUGGAUCCAUCAUGCCUGGUCAUAUCAAGCUCACCAAGACGGGUCAAGCCGACCCUGACCCAACUGAGUUUCUGCUCCCUUCUAUGGAUAUGAAGAGGGCUGAUCAGCAGAAGCCUUAUGAUUCCAAGAAGUCUGUAUGGAUCCCAGACCCCAAAAGUGGAGGAUACCGCGAGGGUGCCUUGGAGUCCGGAGACCUUGAAGACCCUGCCAGCAAGUGUGUGGUUUCUGUUGGUCAUGAAAAGUUCACUCACAAAGGUUCUGAGGUUGGAAAGGUCAAUCCUCCCAAGUUUGAGAAAUGCGAAGACAUGGUCAAUCUUACAUUCCUUAAUGAUGCUUCUGUAUUCUGGAACUUGAAAACCCGUUACCAGGCCAAGAUGAUCCAUACCUAUUCUGGUCUCUUUGUUGUUGUUGUCAACCCUUACAAGCGUUACCCUCUGUAUACUCACAGAGUUGCCAAGAUUUAUCUUGGUAAGAGGCGUAAUGAGUGCCCUCCUCAUCUUUGGGCCAUUGCGGAGACUGCCUAUCGAGGUAUGUUGAACAACAGCAAGAAUCAGGCUAUGCUAAUUACUGGUGAGUCUGGAGCUGGAAAGACUGAAAACACUAAGAAGGUCAUCACCUAUCUUGCUAUGGUUGCCACCAGCAGCAAGAAGUCUGACAAGAAGGUUUCUCUUGAGGACCAGAUUGUUGCUACCAACCCAAUUUUGGAGUCUUAUGGUAAUGCCAAAACAUCCAGGAAUGACAACUCCUCCCGUUUCGGUAAGUUUAUCCGUAUCCAUUUUACCGCCUCUGGAAAACUUGCUGGUUGUGACAUUGUGUCCUACCUUUUGGAAAAGUCCCGUAUCACUGAACAGCAGGAAGUUGAGAGGUCCUACCAUAUUUUUUACCAGCUUCUCCAGCCUUUUGGAGAUGGCAUUGGAGGAGGCCUGAGAACCAAAUGCCAUUUGAGCUCUGACAUAUAUGACUACACUUAUGUUUCACAGGGUAAAACUAAAGUAGAUUCCAUUGAUGACAAUGAAGAGCUUGAAUACACUGAGGAUGCCUUUAAUGUUCUUGGUUUUGAAGAACAAGAGAAGUUUGACUGUUACAUGUUGACUGCUGCAGUCAUGACCUUUGGAGGAAUUGAGUUUAAAACCAAAGGACGUGAUGACCAAGCUGAGUGUGAGCUUAUUGGACCUGACACCUUUGCUGGAAAGGUUGCAGCCCUGUGUGGAGUUGAUGCUAGUGCUAUGAUAAAAGCUUUCUGUAAACCCAGGAUUAAGGUCGGUACUGAGUGGGUGACCAAGGGCCAAACCUGUGUUCAGGCUACUAAUGCUGUAGGUGGUAUUGCCAGAGGUAUCUUUGACAGAGUCUUCAAGUGGCUAAUUGAGAAGUGUAAUGCUACACUUAUUGACCCCACUCUUAAGAAGAACAACUUUUGCGCUGUUCUUGAUAUUGCAGGUUUUGAGAUCUUUGAAUACAAUGGAUUUGAACAGAUCUCUAUUAAUUUUGUCAACGAAAAGCUUCAGCAGUUCUUCAACCACCACAUGUUUGUUGUUGAACAGGAGGAGUAUGUCAAAGAAGGUAUUGACUGGGUAAUGGUUGACUUUGGUAUGGACUUGGCUGCCUGUAUCAUUAUGUUUGAAAAACCUAUGGGUAUCUGGGCCAUCCUGGAAGAAGAAUCUCUUUUUCCCAAGGCCACUGACAAAUCCUUUGAGGAAAAGCUGAAGGCUUCCCUUGGUAAACUACCAGUCUUUUUGAAGCCUCAGUCCAAAACUGACAAGAAUGCCCACUUUGCCCUUAACCAUUAUGCUGGUAUUGUAUCUUACAAUGUUACUAAUUGGCUAGAGAAGAACAAGGAUCCUGUAAAUGACACUGUUGUAGAGAUCUUCAAAUCUACUUCUACUAUUACUCUCCUUGUAAAGCUUUGGGAAGACCACCCAGGACAGCCCUCUGUUGCUCCAAAGGAUGAUGGUAAGAAGAAGAAGAAGGGAGGAGGUGGAAAGACUGUGUCAUCUGUCUACCUGGUUUCUCUUGGUGAACUUAUGACCACUCUUCACAGCUGUGAACCUCACUUUGUACGUUGCCUUGUGCCAAACACUCACAAGAAACCAGGAGAUGUUGAACCACCUCUUAUCAUGCACCAGCUUACAUGUAAUGGUGUGCUUGAGGGUAUUAGAAUCUGUAUGAGAGGAUUCCCUAACAGAAUGGUGUACCCUGACUUCAAGAGCAGAUAUGCUAUCCUUGGAGCAGCAGAAAUUGCAAGCUCUUCAGAUAACAAAACUGCUGUUUAUGCUUUGAUGGACAAAAUUGAAUUUGGACGUGAAAGGUACCGUCUUGGUCACACUCUUGUAUUCUUCCGUGCUGGUGCUCUAGCCUUCCUAGAGGAAAAGAGAGAUGAUAUUGUGAUCAGGCUAGUACGCUAUCUCCAAGGACAAUGUCUCCAGAGAAUCAAAAGGUCUAUCUAUGAAAAGAGACGUGAUCAAAGGGAACUUAUCAAGGUUUGUCAGAGAAACUUUAGGAAGUAUGUCAGCAUGAGAGAAUGGGGAUGGUUUGUUAUUAUCCAGAAAACUCGUCCUAUGAUUGGCAUGCCCAACCCUGAAGAGGAACUCCGUCUUCUAGAGGAACAGGCCAAUGAAAAGUAUGGUGCUUAUGAAAAACAGAUCAAGACAAAAGCACAGCUACUUGAGGAAAAUGAGUUGAUCAAGGAAGAAACUAAGGCCUUGAUCAAACAGAUUGAAAAAGAACAAGGAAAUAUGUCUGAAUACCAUGAGAAACAAGCCAAGAUGUCUGCUCAGAAGGCUGAUCUUGAGGUUCAACUUGCUAGCUCCCAGGAACUCCUAAUCCAGAAGGAGCAAGAACGCCAGCAAGCAACUGCUGACAAAAAAGUGCUAGAACAAGAAGUAGUUUCUGUAAAGAAGGACAUUGAAGAUAUUGACAUGGCUAUCCAGAAGUUGGAACAAGAGAAGACCAACAGAGACCAUACCAUUAGAAGCCUCAAUGAUGAAGUUGCCAACCAAGAUGAAGUUAUCAAUAAGCUUAACAAGGAGAAAAAGCACCUUAAUGAAAAUGCUGCAAAGGCUAGUGAAGAUCUCCAAGUAGCCGAAGAUAAGGUCAGCCACCUUACCCAGAUCAAGAACAAGCUUGAAAGUACUCUUGAUGAGCUUGAGUCAUCUCUUGAGAAGGAAAAGAGAGGAAGAGCUAAUGUUGAAAAAGAGAGGAGAAAGAUUGAGGGAGAUCUUAAGGUAACUCAGGAAACUGUUGCAGAGCUUGAGAGAGCAAGAAAAGAGCUUGAAAGUGCCAUUGCUCGCAAGGAAAAGGAUGGUGUUAGUCUAUUUUCCAAGCUUGAGGAUGAGCAAGGUCUUGUUGCCAAAGUACAGAAAUCCAUUAAGGAACAACAGGCUAGAGUUGAGGAGAUGGAAGAGGAGUUGGAGGCUGAGCGUCAAGCCAGAGCUAAAGCUGAACGCCAGAGAUCUGACUUGGCUAGAGAGCUUGAGAACUUGGGAGAAAGAUUGGCAGAGGCUGGAGGUGCCACAAAUGCCCAGAUUGAGCUUAACAAGAAGCGUGAAUCUGAAGUUACUAAACUGAGAAGAGAUCUUGAGGAAGCUCAUAUUCAGCAAGAAUCUACUCUGAUCUCCCUGAAGAAGAAACACCAGGAUGCCAUUGCUGAGAUGACUGAACAGAUUGACCAGUUGAACAAAAUGAAAGGAAAGAUUGAGAAAGACAAGCAACACAUUAUGCAUGAAAUUGCAGAUGUCCGCUCUGCCACUGAUGAAGUCAAUAGAUCAGGUGCAUCUGCAGAAAAGUCACAUAGAAAUCUCCUUGCUCAACUCAAUGAGCUUGGCAAAAAGGUUGAAGAAGCUAAUCUUACUCUUGGAGAUUUUGAGUCUAACAAGAGGAAGAUUGCUGCUGAGAAUGCUGACCUUCUCCGCCAACUUCAAGAGCUUGAAAACUCUGCUAACAUGCUGGUAAAGGUAAAAUCUAGCCUUGCUGCCCAAUUGGAUGAGCAGCGUAGAAUUGCUGAUGAUGAAGCCAAGGAGCGUCAGUCUCUCCUUGGAAAGUUCAGAAAUGCUGAACAUGAGGUUGAUGGAAUGAAGGAACAUUUUGAUGAGGAGUGCUCUGCAAAGGAAAACUUGAUGAGACAAUUGAAUAAAGCCCAAGGAGAAUCUGAUAUGUGGAGAACUAGGUAUGAGAAGGAUGGGGUAGCAAAGGCUGAAGAACUUGAAAUGUCCAAACUCAAGAUGCAAGCUCGCCUUUCUGAAUCUGAGUCUACCAUCAAUCAACUGAGCUCCAAGCUUAACCAAAUUGAAAAAGCAAAGGCCAAACUCCAGGGUGAUCUUGAUAGCAUGUCUGUUCAGCUAGACCAAGCUCAGAUCCUGAACUCUUCAAUGGAAAAGAAGGCUAAACAAUUUGACCGUAUUGUUGCAGAAUGGAAGUUGAAGGUUGACAGCCUCAGCAUGGAUCUAGAUGGUAGUCAGAAGGAAACCCGCAAUGCUUCCUCUGAACUUUUCAGAAUUAAAUCAGCUUAUGAAGAGGCAGUUCUACAAUUGGAAGAAGUGCGCAGGGAGAACAAAAGUCUUUCUAAUGAAAUCAAGGACAUCAUGGAUCAAAUCAGCGAAGGAGGACGAUCCAUUCAUGAGAUUGACAAAAUUCGCAAGCGUCUGGAAGCUGAGAAAAUGGAACUUGAAGCUGCACUUUCUGAGGCUGAAGGAGCACUUGAACAGGAAGAAAACAAGGUCCUUAGAGCUCAACUUGAACUUACCCAAGUCAGACAAGAAAUUGAGCGUAGAAUGGCUGAGAAGGAUGAGGAGUUUGAGUCUACCAGGAAAAACAUGAAUAAGGCCCUUGAAAACAUGCAAGUUGCAAUUGAAAUGGAGUCCAAGGGCAAAGCUGAAGCUCUUCGCAUGAAGAAGAAGCUUGAAACCGAUGUCAUGGAUCUUGAUACUGCUUUGGAGCACGCCAAUGCUGCAAAUGCUGAAACUCAGAAAAUCAUUAAGAAGUACCAGCUGAGCCUGAGGGAAACUCAGGCAAGGCUUGAGGAUGCUCACCGCGCCAAGGAAGUUGCUCAUGACAACCUUAUUGUUGCUGAUCGACGUGCUCAUGCCAACCAGAAUGCUCUUGAAGAGGCUCGCACCCUUCUGGAGCAGGCUGAUAGAGCUAGAAGAAUGGUUGAACAGGAGCUUGCUGAUACCAAUGAAACUCUCGGAGAUCAGACAUGCACCAACCAGGCCAUCCAGGGAGGCAAGAUGAAGCUUGACUCUGAAAUUCAUACCCUUGCAGCUGACCUUGAUGAGAUGGCUUCUGAGGCCAGCCUUUCUGAAGAAAAGGCACAAAAGGCAAUGAUUGAUGCUGCUCGUCUUGCUGAUGAACUCCGUGCAGAACAAGAAAUGGCCCAAUGUCUUGAGCGUGACCGCAAGCUUCUUGAAGCCCAGGUCAAGGAUAUGCAAGCUAGACUUGAUGAUGCUGAGCAAAAUGCUCUCAAGGGAGGAAAGAAGGCCAUGAGCAAGAUGGAUACCAGAAUUAGGGAACUGGAAUCUGAAUUGGAUGCUGAGAAUAGGCGUUGCGCUGAUGCUCAGAAGGCACUGAGGAAAUCUGAGCGUAAGAUCAAGGAGCUCACUUAUCAGCAGGAUGAAGAUAGGAAGAACCAUGAGCGCAUGCAGGGUCUAAUUGAUCAGCUCCAGGGCAAGAUUAGGUCAUACAAGAAACAGAUUGAAGAGGCAGAGGAGAUUGCAGCUUUGAAUCUUGCCAAGUUCAGACAAACCCAAAGCUCUCUCUCUGCUUCCACUGAGGCUGCUGAUGUCACUGAGCAGGCUCUUGCCAAGCUCAAAACCCGUGCUCGCAGCUCUUCUGUUGCACCUAUGUAAAGAGCAUGAGAAGGGAUUUGAACUGGCAAACUGUAAGACUACUUGAAUCUGAAAAUGGACAAUGAAAUGCUUUUCCACUUCGUAACCUUUACUAUAUUUACCCUAUACUCAUAUGUGCACAAAUCUUGAAUAAAUACUGAACAUGAU